AUGUGCCAGCGGUACCCCAUAGAGGUGGUUGCCAAGGCAACUGACAACUGGGCAGAGGCAAACCACAUUGGGUCGGGCGGGUAUGGAGAGGUCUAUCGGGGUGUGUGUCCGCAAGAUCCCUCAGUGGUGUGGGCUGUGAAGUGCGCCAAGAUACUCACCAAUGACUUCAAGCGAGGUAUGUGUGUCUGUGUGUGUGUGUGUGUGUGUGUGUGUGUGUGUGUGUGUAUGUGUGUGUGUAUGUGUGUGUGUGUGUGUGUGUGA